AUGUCAGACAAGCUCAAGGACCGCAAAAGAACCCCGGUUUCUCAUAAAGUGAUAGAAAAGCGGAGGCGGGACCGGAUCAACCGCUGCUUGAAUGAGCUGGGCAAGACGGUACCCAUGGCCCUGGCGAAGCAGAGUUCUGGGAAGCUGGAGAAGGCGGAGAUCCUGGAGAUGACCGUUCAGUACCUGAGAGCUCUGCACUCGGCGGAUUUUCCCCGGGGAAGGGAAAAAGCAGAACUUCUAGCGGAGUUCGCCAACUAUUUUCACUAUGGCUACCACGAGUGCAUGAAGAACCUGGUGCAUUACCUCACCACGGUGGAGAGGAUGGAGACCAAGGACACCAAGUACGCGCGCAUCCUUGCGUUCCUGCAGUCCAAGGCCCGCCUGGGCGCAGAGCCCGGCUUCUCGCCGCUGGCUUCGCUCCCGGAGCCGGAUUUCUCCUAUCAGCUGCACUCGGCUGGGCCCGAGUUCCCGGGCCACAGCCCCAACGAGGCCGCCGUGUUCCCGCAGGGCGCCGCCCCGGGGCCUUUGCCCUGGCCCAGAAAAGUAGAUUUCUUUGUUAUGUUCCGCUCAUCCACAACCCAUCCCCUUCUCGGGGCCGAGGGUGCGAGGCUGACAGGUGACCAGGAGAGGCGGUCCUCGGCGACUUGGCUGGGAAGGGGCGGGCGUGUGGUGUCGCGGAGUCUGGAGCCGUAG